AUGUCUCAAAGAGGUUUAUUUGAUAUGAAUUCAAUUAAUCCAGAAAUCGAGCCAUAUAUGAGCCAACAAUUGGAAGAUAACAUAAUGCUUCGUGAUGAAGAAGUUGGUUGGGACAUCAGUGGCACCACCAUCAGAGGAGGCAUCAAAUCGACCACCAUCAGGGGGCCAUUAGUGCCACCACCAUCUGACCAGCCACUGCAACGACCAUCAUUAGUGGCACCACUAUUAGAGGAGGCAUCACAGCGACCACCAUCAGAGGGGCCACUAGUGUUACCUCAUCGACCACCAUCAGUGGCACCACAACAGCUAUCAUCUACUCAGGCUCCACGCCUACCAUUGGUGCGUUCACCAUCAGUGGCAGCACUACAGCUAUCAUCCCGACUAGAGUCAUCAUCUUCACAGCCAAUCGCAGACCCUUUAACUUCUUCACAACCCACCUCAGGUCAUGUUAGUUCUUCAUCAACCUCGACUAGGCGUGGUAAAGGAUGUGCCAAGGCCAUUAAGGAGUGGGGUACUGGUACAAAGUUGGACAUACAAUUUGACAAAAAUUACUGCCCAAUAGGGAAUAAUGUGUCUAAGUUAACUACUCAACUUGGCAUCAUUGUGCACAAUGGUAACAUUGUUCUUCUUACUUUUCUUGACUGGAUCACUAUGCCUGACAAUAUUAUUGAUAAUAUUUGGAAGGAUGUAAAGGACAAUUUGAAUGUAUGUCCAGAGGAGUAUAAGCCAAUCUGCAUGAAAACCUGCAACAGCAUAUAGAAGGAUCACAAGAAUAAGAUUAAGACCAAGUGUUUCAAGCCUAGAAGUUCUUAUCCCAAUCUGAAGGAUGAUGUUCCUUUGCACAUUGUGCCAAACCAGUGGGAAUAACUUGUGGAGUAUUGGCGUACUUCUGAUGCUGAGAAAAUUGCAACUUGGAACGCUAAAAAUCGGCGAGCUCAUGACAUACCUCAUACCACAAGGCGUACUACUUUCGCUCAGAUCCAGCAUGAG